AUGAGCCCUACGUAUAAGGGCUUGAGAGUAUGUCCUCGAAAUGAAGUAUUAGAGAUAAAGGAUGAUGAUGGUGAUACAUAUGAGAGAAUAAUCACGAGGGUUUUACAAAGAGAGACCAACAGAGCUCAGUUGGCAGUAUGCCCACCUCCAGAAAGUAAGAGAGAUAAUUUCGAAUUUCAUGGGAGGUGGGUAAGUGAGAAUGCUUAUCUCCGAGACUGUGAAGAGCAGGACAAAAGUAAUCUCUACUGCGGCACAGUCCCUCGGCAAACGCGGCUGGUCAAUUCGUUGCCCUUCGCACAUCAACCUUUCUUUGACAUGUCAGCAAUUAGAAUUUUAGGUUGUAAUGACGUGUGGGAUAAUGUUGAUCUUCUUGUUGGAUCAUCAAGUAGUAAUGUGACUUUGGUGCCUGACUAA